AUGAUGACCAACUGUUACAGUGGCGCCGGCAAGUCCACACUUCUGAACAUUCUCACUCAGAAAAAAAUGCAAGGCGUCAGGUUUUCCGGUGAUGUUGCAAUAAAUGAAACGCUGGUUGAACAGGGUGACAUGAAAAAACUCAGUGCAUAUGUGCAACAGGAAGAUAUUUUCAUAAGCGAAGCUACUGUUGAAGAGCAGUUGAUGUUCACGGCGCGACUACGCAUGCGUGCGAAAAAGACAAGCAAAGAACGCAAGGAAAUCGUUUCAGAAGUUAUUGAAGUAAUGGGUUUGACGCCAUGUCGAAAGACUCGAAUAGGGAGUUCUGUCGCGAAAAGCCUGUCUAGAGGAGAACGGAAGCGACUUGCAUUUGCUACGGAGUUGUUAUCAAAUCCAUGGAUUUUAUUCUGUGAUGAGCCAACAUCUGGCCUCGACUCCUUCAUGGCUUUGCAGGUUGUUCAGGCACUAAAGUGA